AUGUCCUUUGAGCAGCCGCCCGUGGGACGAGGACCGCCCUGUGUGAUGUGCAAAAGAGCAUGCGCGGGAUUCCAGCCACACCCCUGGAGGAAAUCCUGUGAGCUCUGCCACUGCCUACGUGAGGAGCAUACUCUGUCCACUGAAGUGAAGGAAGAUCACCGGAUUGGCCAGUUGCUCUCUGACACCGCCUACUCGGGACUGACCGCCCGCGUCAAGGGCAGCGAUGGGCUCCGCGUCUACAAGAGGAACCGCAUGAUCAUCACCAACCCCAUCACUUCUCGUAAAGACCCGACCUUUGUCACCGUCACCUAUGAAUGGGCCCCUCCGGGGAUCAGCCAGAAACUGGCCAUGCGUUACAUGGAACUAAUCCCCAGAAAGUUGCAGCCAUUGGCCGGCACGGAGGGGGCUCAUCAUCGCCGCAUUCAGCUGUGGAGACAACUCCCUCCAUAUGACUAUGACCCCGCCCACUGUUGCGGAUUGGCCGAGGGCGAGAAGCUCGCUAUGACCACAUUUGUGAAAGAAUAUAAAGAGAAUGUGAUGGGUGUGGGGGAGGUGCUGCUCCCUGGCACUAUGAAGGAGGAAGAAGAAAACGCCGAUGGAACGGAGGAAUGGAACGGGAAGACGGAACAUCUCUGUGAGUUGUGUCAGCAGUUGUUGCCGGGAGACGCUCCGGCUGUCCGUUCUGACCGCGCCGGCACCAAGAAGCUCUGGCACCCGGCGUGCUUCAUCUGCCGCCAUUGCAGGGAGCCCCUGGUGAACCUCAUCCACUUCUGGAAGAACAAUGGCCUCUGGUGUGGGCGGCACUACUGUGAGAGCGAGCGGCCGCGCUGCGCCGGCUGUGACGAGAUUAUAUUCUCAGAAGAUUACCGGCGGCUCGAUGGCAAGUCUUGGCACAAAGAACAUUUUUCCUGCCCAGUCUGCGAGAAAACACUGACCGAGCGCCCCUGCAGUCCGGACCGCGGCCAACCCGUGUGUGUCGCCUGCAGCAAGGACAACGCCGCCCAAUAGACCAAAGAGAUCAUCAGAGUGCAGAGAGGAGCCAUGUGCAGUGAUCCAUAAAGAGGCCCUAAAUCUAUAGGGGGGGGGCCAGAAUCCGUGCUCCGCCCCGAUUCCUUGCUCCGCCCCGAUCUGUGCUCCGCCCCACCCUACACUCCACCCCAAUCCGUGCUCCGCCCCACUCUACACUCCACCCCAAUCCGUGCUCCGCCCCGAUCUGUGCUCCGCCCCGAUCUGUGCUCCGCCCCACUCUACACUCCGCCCCACUCUACACUCCACCCCAAUCCGUGCUCCGCCCCGAUCUGUGCUCCGCCCCACUCUACACUCCACCCCAAUCCGUGCUCCGCCCCGAUCUGUGCUCCGCCCCACUCUACACUCCACCCCAAUCUACACUCCGCCACCAUACCGUGCUCCGCCCCACUCUGUGCUCCGCCCCGAUCUGUUGCCUGGUCCUGAGAGCUUACACUCUAAAAAUUGUCUUUUCAAAACUCCCGGGAAUUUUCCUUCUCUGAAAACUGGAGAUCUGCGGCUGGUUGGAUUCCUGGCCUCGGUUGUCUUGUUUUAGGAGAAUCUGUAGAGAUUCAGGAACCUGACCCCAUUCUGGAGAAUUGCCCCCCAGGGGGUCACUGCACAUCGCUAAACUCUGCACCGCGCUGGGCGGAACCCCCGCGUCUAAAGAUUCCCAUGCAGCUUUUGGCUUUUGCACUUUCUGUAUCCCUUCUCUCUUAUCUGCCACCUUCUUACCAUCAAUGGACCAAUAAUGUGUCCUCAGCCCCCACCGUCGGCCUGCCACGUGUCACCGUCUGCUGUGGCGCCUCAGUGGAAAUGUGGGGGGGGCAGUUAUAAAGCACUUUAAUAAGUUCAGGCAUCCAUAAAACAGGAACUGGAACUUUGCACAGAGUAUAGAAAGCACCAAACAUGUAACAGCUGUACACAGCGCCAUCUACAGGCCAGACGUAUGAACACCACAAAGCCUGAUAAAUCCAAAAAGAAAAAUAGAGGUAAACCCAACUGGAUGACAUUUAGUUUGCUGUAAAAUAAUCAAUUUCCAGGCUGUUUUCUAUAAAUUAAUCUUUCCAACUUUUUAUUAAAGUGGAGGUU